UGACAUUCGAGAAGACGCUAAUUUAUCUCUCGGAUUAGCAACCGAGCAUCUUCCCAAGUCCAACAACCAACAUCCCAGUACCUCUAACGAAGUGCAACAGUACAAGGAUGAACAUUAUUCAAAUGAGGAAGAGAUGCGGCACUAGGUGAUUUCUCGAAGAAGAUUGAAGAAAACAUCCAGGCACUGAAACAAGAUGACAUUGGUGUUGAAAAUGAAGUUAUUCUAGAAGUUUAUCGACAGUGAUGCACACAAGAACACCUUUGAAGCAAAGAAGAAAAAUGUGAAACAUAUCUAAUAUGAUAGAGGCCACUCUGUUAAGAAGCUGAAAUUUUGUUAACUUAUCAUAUGUUUUUUUUUUUGCAAAUAGUGUUGAACGACACCCUUAACCUUUUUUUAAACAAAGGGCCUUAUAAGUGUUAGUAGGAAGUAAUAUGUAACAAUUUUGAACUGUAACACUCAUUUUAUUUGUCUAUAUUUUUAUGUAAUUUGUUUUUCAAUGCUUUGGAUUUAUGGUUUUAGAUUCCUUGUUUCGAUGAUUUAUUGAUAGAGUAUAUUGGUGGUAUGAAAGUUGCUUAUGAAAUUGAAUCAAUUUCAUUCCUUAUUGCUACAGUUAGCAGUUGUUGACUCCAUGCCUAGAAGAUAGAAAUAUUCAUCUUUGGUAUGGCGUUUUGCUGUUCUUUAGUAGCUUUGUUGCGGGUGCCUGCCAACUACGGAGCAAUUAUGACAUCGGAGAGUGGAGUGUCCGGAAGUCUGCGGGUUGUGCGGCGAGGGCGAGGAAUCGCUGCUGCACCUUUUUGUUCAUUGUCAUGUGGCUGUAGAUGCUUGGAACUCGAUAGGCUGGGCAUCAAUAGGAUCAUCGGAAAGCACAUUUAUGGGAUGGAUGAAAUCUGUGUUUCAAAUCAAGCAAGGACUGGAACUUCAAUCCAUUGCUUGGGGCUGCUGGGGGCUGUGGGGAGAAAGAAAUGCUAGGGUCUGGCAAAGGAGGGAGCUAGGUGCAGCUUCUGUUAUGUUGACAGCAAGGAACUAUGUGGAUGUUUGGCUCCAGGUUCAACGAGGCAGAUUGCAGGGAGCAGGGGGGAUGCCUCAGUCCCAGAUUUGGCAUCUUCCGGCUUCGGGUUGGUUCAAGCUCAACGUGGAUGCGGCAAGAGAUGAUGCUGGCAGCGGCUUGGGUUGGGUUGUUCGGAAUGAUUCGGGUGAUUUUGUAGCAGGGGGUGUCAAACCAGGAGGAGGCAGCUGCUCUCCUUUGGAAGCUGAGCUUUUAAGCACACAAGAAGCUCUUAGUUGGUUAAAAGAUCGAGAGUGGGAUUUUGUGGAAGUUGAACCGGAUUCCUUACCUACUAUACACGAAAUUAGCAACGGAUCAAGCAUCUCGACUGUGGGUAUUUUAGCAGAGGAUACUCGGGCUAUCAGCAGCAAGUUUACUUUUAAAUUUAUUAGACGAUCAGCGAACAAAAUUGCUCAUGAGUUGGCUAGAGUAGCUCGUUCUUUGUCCAAUAGUCAUUCUUGGAUAGAGUUCCUCCUAAUUGUAUUUUGGAUGCUUUGUCUUUUGAUAUGAUUAAUGCUAAUUAAUUUAUUUGAUUUCAAAA